AAAACAGCAAAAGAGAAGAAAAAUAGUAAACGUCAUUACUGUGAGUUGGAACCCUCUGAUGCAGAGGAUGGUGAAAAUUUUGCUGCUCGUUGACUGACUGCUGGAAGAAAGUGUUUUGUGCUUGUUCAAAAUCCGAGUUAUAUCGUGCGAUCAUUGUGUUUGCGGGUAAUAGUGGUUCCGGAACAACGCCAUGUCUCCACCGGGCAACGGAAUCUUCGUCGUCCGCGGGGAAAUGUCCACCCUGACGACGGCAAUGCGUCGUGGCUCUCGCUGGAGCUCCAAUUCCUAUCAGGACGACGAAAAGGACGGUCUGCUGAAGAGUUUCCAUGAUUUGAAGGAGAAGCUUCUGCAGGUGGAGGAUUUGCGUCUUGUCGAGCCGGGAGUGUUCUUGGGGCCGUUUCUGGAGGUGAUCCGUUCGGAGGAAACGACCGGCCCGGUGACGAGCCUGGCCUUGUCGGCUGUCAAUAAAUUCCUGUCGUACGGAUUGAUUGAUCCGACCCAUUCGACGCUGGCUUCCACGGUGGAGUGCAUUGCCGAUGCGGUGACCCGUGCACGGUUCGUCGGAACGGAUCAAACUUCCGACGGGGUCGUGCUGAUGAAGAUUGUCCAGGUGCUGCGCACCUUGGUGCUGAGUCCGGAAGGAAGCUUCCUAUCGAAUGAAAGCAUCUGCGACAUCAUUCUCAGCUGCUUCCGGUUGUGCUUCGAGCCGCGACUGAAUGAACUUGUGCGAAAAACGGCAGAGAAUGCCCUAAAGGACAUUGUGCUGCUGCUGUUCAUGCGGUUGCCGCAGUUCGUCGAGAGCGGAAAUUUCCAUCUGAAAUCUCUAAAGAUGCGUUCCAGCUCGAUAGAUCAGUCCAGCAAAAAGCGUAAAAAUAGCAGGAAUGAAGCUAAACCUGUGGCAACAACGGCAGCUCCUAAAAUUGUCACGGAGGAGAAUGGAGGUCAGGAGGCAGAACCGACGACGCCGAUAGUUAGUAAUGCUCCGAAAGGCUUGAAGCCGCCUCCGCUAGCCACUACGCCAGCAACCCCAGCAGGAGUCAUCGUCGACAUGCAGGGAUCCAUCUCUCAGACCCCGAAAAGCGGCUUGGAUCCCAAACAGGACACCAUUCAAGAGGAAACGGAUGGCCAAACACAGCAACCGGAUUCCCUUACCGAAACUCCUGUUCCGACCGAAUCCGAAGAACCCGCAGCAGAUUCGUUCGUAAAUUCCGUCGGAAUCAGAUUUACCCAACAAGAAGAAGAGGUCUCCGGCCCAACACCGCACCUCCCAUACGGAUUGCCGUGCAUCCGAGAGCUGUUUCGCUUUCUAAUCUCCCUGUGCAACCCACUCGAUAAGCAGAACACCGACGUGAUGAUCCACAUGGGCCUCACGCUACUAACCGUCACCUUCGAGGUCGGAGCCGACAGCAUCGGCAAAUACGAUUCCCUGCUGACCAUCGUGAAAGACGACCUCUGCAAGAACCUCUUUUCCCUCCUAACAACGGAACGCAUCUCGAUCUUCGCCGCAGAUCUUCAGCUUUGCUUCCUGAUGUUCGAAUCGCAACGAUCGCAGCUCAAAUUCCAACUGGAGUACUAUCUAACCAAGCUAACGGACAUCAUCGUCAACGAAAACCCCCGGAUUCUGUACGAAGCUCGCGAGCUUGCCCUGGACAAUCUGCUGCAGCUCUUCCGGAUCCCGGGCUUCGCCGCCGAACUCUACAUCAACUAUGACUGUGACCUCUACUGUACCAAUCUGUUCGAGGAUCUCACGAAGCUCAUGUCCAAGAACACCCUUUCGGCGACCCACUCGAUCUACAGUGUGCACACCCUGUCGAUGGACGCACUGCUCACCAUAAUUGGGUCGAUCGAGAGGAAUUGCGUUCAGGCCAAGAAGGGCGAAAAGCCAACGUACAUGAGACAUUCGAGGAACAAUUCCAGCGUCGAUCGGAUUGUGCUGGAUGGAGUGGUGGAUUCGGAUCAGCAACAGCAACAAGGUCUUGAUGUCAGCGAUGUGGCCGUAGAAUCGAUCCACAAGUACUUGAAAACUAGUCAAAACGAGGAACGCCUCCGGCAGAUCGUCAGCCAGGAUGCCGCAGCCGAUGGCACAACCCUCAGCCACGAGGAACUGGCCGCCAUCAAGAAGAAGAAACGUCUGCUCACCCAGGGAACGGAUCUCUUCAAUCAACGACCCGAGAAGGGAGUCCAGUUCUUGCAGGAGAAUGGCAUCCUGAGUGCCACCCUAGAUCCGCUGGAGAUUGCCCACUUUCUGCGGGAAAACUCCGGCCUGGACAAGAAGAUGAUUGGAGAGUACAUUAGCAAAAAGAAGAACGUCGAGAGCAAGAUUCUGGAAGUGUUUGUCAAGUCGUUCGACUUUGCUGGGUUGACCAUCGAUCAGGCGCUUCGGUUGUAUCUGGAAACGUUCCGUCUGCCGGGCGAGGCUCCGCUGAUCUUCCUCGUGAUGGAGCACUUUGCCGACCAUUGGCAUACGUGUAACAAUGAACCAUUCGCCAAUACGGAUGCCGCCUUCCGGUUAGCGUACGCCAUUAUCAUGCUGAACAUGGAUCAACACAACCACAACGCGAAACGCCUGAAUGUACCGAUGACGGUCGACGAGUUCGUGAAGAAUCUUCGAGGCUUGAAUGGCAACUCUGACUUCGAUCAGGAUAUGCUGGCCAACGUUUAUCAUGCGAUCAAGAACGAAGAAAUUGUCAUGCCAGCGGAACAAACCGGUCUCGUGCGGGAAAACUACCUGUGGAAGGUACUGCUCCGCCGAGGUUCCACCAAGGACGGAAUGUUCCAUCACGUGUUCGGUCCCAACCACGACCGAGAGCUGUUCCGCAUCAUCCAGGGAUCGACGCUGGCCGCGUUGAGUUUCAUCUUCGACAAGAGUCCGGACAACACCCAGCUGUACCAGAAGUCCAUGAACGGGUUCAUCAAGUCGGCCGUGGUCGCGUCGCAUUACAGCUUGCAUGGGGAUUUCGAUGCGCUGGUGCUGACGUUGUGUAAGUUUACGAGCCUGCUGAAUCCACCUGCGGAUGUUCACGAAAUCACGGCCAACGUGAUGUUUGGACAGAACGCGAAAGCGCAGCUUGCUAUGAAGACUGUGUUUGCUUUGAUCCAUGAUCAUGGGGAUUGCAUGCGUGAGGGAUGGAAACACAUUGUGGAUGUUGUUCUGCAGUUGUUCCGAUUGAAGUUGCUGCCGAAGGGUUUGAUGGAAGCGGAGGACUUUUGCGACCCUAGCGGGAAGGUUACGCUCAUGCGGGAGCAAUACCAGCUUCCGAAGACGGACGCCGGUUUGCUGAGUAGUUUGUAUUCGUAUUUGAGCAACGAUAGCCAACGGCAACCGUCGUACGAGGAACAGGAGAUCAUCAAAGUGUCGAAGAGGUGCAUCAAGGAAUGCCAGAUCGAUCAGAUCGUCAACGAAUCUAAAUUUCUGCAGUUUGAAUCACUUGUGGAACUGGUUAAUUGCCUACUGGGGAUGAUCAAACCUCCGGAGAGUCAUAAAUCCGUUGGAUUGCCGUACGCGGAGAACACUGUGGUGUUCCUGUUGGAACUGCUGGUCAAGAUCCUCAUCCAGAAUCGCGAUCGUUUGCUUCCCGUUUGGAAGAACGUCCAAGAUCAGUUGUAUCUUCUUCUUUCCGGCUCCGCUUCGUGUGACUAUACCUAUCUCCUACAGAGGACUACCAUCGCUCUGUUGAAGCUGGCCAUCUAUCUGAUGCGCAACGAAGAGAUCUGCUCAACGAUCCUUCAGAGCCUCCGGAUGUUGUUGCUGCUCAAACCGGCCGUCAUCCUAUCCAUCUCUAAACCCAUCUCGAUCGGCAUGUACGAACUGCUAAAAACCAGCGCCCAGAACAUCCACACCGAGUCGGAUUGGAUCAUAGUGUUCACGAUUCUGGAAUGCGUAGGAGCAGGUGCUAUGCCACCGGAAUACGACGAAGCUCCAGUCGUCUCCGGAGCGAAAUCCGAUGGCGCUCUCAGUAGCGAGGAAGACUCCGGACUGCCCGAUCGCGGAUACAUCUCCGACUCGGAACUGAACGUCGUCAAAAGUGGCCAUUCGUCCAAUUCUUGCACUCCCCUGAUCAGCCCUACCGGAGACAACUGGAUUCUGGUGAACAAAGACGCGGACAUUGUGUCCUCGCGGUCGUCCUCUCCGAAGCACACGAUCCAGUACCGAUGCAAACUCCUAGAGCAUUCCCCGUUCGCCCUGGUCAAAUGCUGGGAAAGUCUGGCAUUCAUCGUGCGGAACGUGUCCCACAUCACACCGUAUAACUUCGAAAGCUGCGUUAGGUGCAUCCGGACCUUCGUGGAAGCUUCUAUGAACGAUGGCCGGGAGAAUCGACGCAGGCAGAAGCGCCGUGGCGAUGAAAGUGGCAAAAAUUCCCGCAAUCGGAACCGGAAAAACGACAGCAGCGACAGCGAAUCCGAGGAACUGCCCGAGGCGUACCAGUCGAUAUCGAUACAACUGUUGGAUUUGAUGCACACGUUGCACACGAGGACGGCGAAGAUCUUCCGCUGGUGGGCGGAGGAAGGUGGCGCUGUGCCGCAGUGCUCCGCCUUGUGGUCCCAGGGGUGGUGUCCGCUGCUACAGGGCAUUGCCCGAUUGGCCACCGAUCAACGGAGACAGGUUCGAACGAGUGCAAUCACUUGCUUGCAACGAGCUCUGCUAGUGCAAGAUCUUCAAACCCUCACCGGAUUGGAAUGGGCCGGAUGCUUCAAGCAGGUCCUCUUCCCCCUCCUAUCGGAACUUCUAGCGGAGAAACCCACCAAACCGGCCGAUGUCGGUUUGCUCGAAGAGUCCCGAAUGCGAACGGCAACCAUCAUGUCCAAGGUGUUCCUGCACCAUCUGACGCCGCUGAUUGCCCUGGCCGGAUUCAACGAACUGUGGCUGGAGAUUCUGGACUACUUCGAACGCUUCAUGAAGAUCGGCUCGGAUAUGCUGUACGAGGCGGUGUUGGAGAGUCUGAAGAACAUGCUGCUGGUGAUGCACUCGGUAUGCGUUUUCCACAACAGCGACGGUGUAACUCAUUCUGCUCUAUGGGACGUCACAUGGCAACGAAUAUCCGGAUUCCUUCCCAAUCUGAAAGACGAGUUAUUUAAAAACGAUGCUCUUGCGCCCAAGGUCACCGCAGCUGCCCCAGUCAUGCCAUCACAAUCACCUGUUACGGCAUCGUCACCUGAACCGUCGAUGUCGCAAGCUAUCACUCCACAACCAUCAAGUAUUACCCUACACCCUUCGCCUGUGCCACAAAUAACCGGAUCACCUAUCCUAGAACAAGCUCGCUCUCCAAUGGUACCGAAUAAUCUGCUGAUCAAUCCAACACCCACAGUCCCGCAAAUACCCCUUCAAACUCCAUUUCUAAUACCGCAAGUGGAUUCCGGUCUUUUGGAUAUUCAUACAAGCCCUGUUCCUCCUCCAACAAUCCUACCGCAGCAAACCAGUCAGGAGAACACUCCACUCAACACCAACCGGUAUUCCAACAUAAUAGAGCUUCCGGUUACUCCAUCGCCCCCUCCUUGCUCUACAGAACAGAAUCAAAAUUUCCCUCCCACCACGGCGGAACCCGAACCCCCAGCCAUCCCAAUUCCCGCGGAACAACCCGGACCCCCGACGGUCCCCAUAAGCCAUCUGUUGGCCGGAAAUCAGUACCCCUCGUUGCACAACGUCCCCGUCGGAAUAGCGCAGAGUUUCGCUCCGAUGUUUGUCCAACCUCCGAUGGUGCUCACGGACGGAUCCGACAUCUACAACGACUACGUCAACGAUCCCUACAAUCUGACGCUGCAGCAACAACCGCAACAGCAGACCCAGGACAUCCCGCAACAAGCCCAGCCGCAACCGCAGAAUGUGUUCCAGUCGGCCAACUACUUCGGGUCGUACCAAUUUGGCCCCGGCCGGAUACCACCAGCAGACUCGCCUACUAUCCCCAGCAUCCAAGAAGCCGAGACGAGUAGCGACUAGAGCUAGAGCCGUCGUUAGUGUGCUAAUAGGGCAGCCAAUGUGUGAAAUUAGUAUGAGCCUACGUGAAACAAAUAGGAUGACGGUUUUUUUUUGUUGUGUUGAAAAUUGAGGAAAAGUUGUACGAAUUUCUGACUACCUGACGGAUUAGUGAAAUAUACAGUUUAGACCGGGAAAAAUCACCAAAACGCGCGUUAAUUAACAUACAUUUAAAGCACGUAAAUCUAUACGCGUCUAGCUAACAAAACAAUAUGAUAGAAAUACUUUUUAAAUCUGUCUGCUGUUUGUGUUGCUCCAAAAUCCGUAUUAUAGUGCAAUCAUCAAUGUUCAAUGUGCAUAUGCAUUCUUUUAAAACUUUUGUGAUUUUCUCCCCGUGAAACUGUCGAUAAAUUUGUUUUGCUCAGUCGUCCAAUGAUUAUUAUCUAUCAAAAAUAUUUAUCCAAAAGUACUGAAAAAUGUUCAGACAACCCGAUGGGUUGUAAUCUUUUAAAGUUGUUGAAAUGAGACUUCGAGCAAAAAGGAAUUUCUUUCUGAUAAAAACUAUGUUUUUAUUUUUAUUUCCAAUUCAAGUAAAGUCGUAUUAUAUCUAUUAUAAUUAUUUUACCUCUCAUGCGAGAGGAAAAAAGAGUAUAAAUAUACACAACACAUACAGACGUAAAACAAUAGUGAAAGGGGUAAAUUAAUAUAUGCUAUAGCUACAAACAUACCACAA